AGCAAGCAGCAAAAGGCCACGUGUCAAUAAGUGAGAAAGUAUCCGUUGGAACCUGUUAUAUAAACCUGUACCUGCAUUUGCUCUGUCUUCACUUUCUCUCCUCUACCUGCAAAUCAUUUAUUUGUUUCUCUUGAAUUUCUUUGUUUCUUCACUCUCUCUCUCUCUUUCUCUCUGUUCAACAAAUUUCUCUUCUCUGAUCAAACUUUCCGCUGAAUUAAGCCCUAAGAUCGAGACCCACAUCGAUCAAAAACCCUAAUCGAGAUCGACCCUAAGAUCGAUCAAAAACCCUAAUCGAGAUCGAUCAAUCAUGAAGCGGAAGCGGGCCUUUACUAUGGCAUCGUCAUGGUCGUCUACCGUGAAACCCUCGCGCGUUCCUGAAGAAGAAUCAGUCCGGUGUUGGGAGAGCAAAACGGCGUCGUCAAACAGAACCCGACCCCAAAUCCAAUCCAGAUCAAGAAGAGGAUCGAAAACAAGAAACAUCAAUGAUGUCUUAAAAGAUGAAAGAUCCAAGAUUUCUGGGAUCAACCGGAUUUUGGGGACACCCAUUCCCGUGAGGAAUAACCUGACAUGGAGGCUUUUGAAAUCUCACAUGCGAAUUGAAUCUUUUUACUGCACCAAGCUCCACUCCGCUCUCAAUGCCAUCCACGAGUGUUUCGAGCCUUCCAAAGACCCCUACACCAACAGAGACAUUGCUGAGGACAUUGUCUUCGACUUGGAAUCCGAUUCCGAGUUGAAUUUGAGAGGGUUUUACACUGUGGUUUUGGAGAGGAGAGAUGAUGAUGAUGGUCAUCAGGAGAUGAUCGGUGCCGCCACGGUGAGGAUCAAUAAGGGAGUUGCUGAAGUGCCACUCGUGGCGACUAGGCCUCAGUUUAGGAGACUUGGGAUGUGCAGGAUUUUGAUGAAUGAGCUCGAAAAUCGGCUCAUGGAAUUCGGCAUUGAGAGAUAGCAUAACCUGAUAUCUGCUUUGGCCGAAUGUGUUCAUGAAUCUUUGUAGAAUUAACUUUCACAAUGGUAGGGAUGUUGCAUAUAUGUUCCGUUGAACCCAUUUUUUGAACAAGAAUGUGUGCAAAUCCUUUUUCUCUUCCUUAGACACUCGGAUUUGAGAUAUUUUGUGACAUGCCAACGUUCAUGCUUAAUGCUGCAUUACUUUUACAUUACUUUCACAAUAGAAACCUUUGUUUUCGCAAGUUGAUAAGCUGUAGUUCAUUUCGGCUAAAUUGAUGUCAAUUAUAGUCAAUCCCUUUGUUAGUUAGACGCAGGUGACUUGUUAAAGGUUCAAUUGGUUGCAGAUAGUGUAACCUCAUAUCUGUUUUGGCGGAAUGUGUUCAUGAGUCUUUGUAGAAUUUACAUUCACAAUGGUAAGGAUGUUGCAAAUAUGUUCCACUGAACCCAGAUCUUGAAUAAGAAUGCAUGCAAAUCAUUUUUAUGUUCGUUAGACACUUGGAUUUGAGAUAUUUUGUGAGAUGUCAACAUGCUGCAUUACUUUUACAUCACUUUCUGAUAUAGACCAUUGACACAGGACUACCUUAGGUUCUGUUAUCGAAAACUAGCUAGUUGGUAAGAGUUUGCUUUACAUCUUAUUAUUCAAAACAGCACUUACUACAAAACAAUAGGAACCUCUGUUUUCACAAGUUGAUAAGCUGUGGUUCGUUUCGGCUAAAUACAUCAAUCCCUUUGGUUCUUUGAGUCAAAGUCCAACUCCACUUUUCUUAUUAGAUGAGAGGUUUUUUUUUUUUUUUUUUCCCUUGUAAGUUUAGUACUCAAUAAUUGCUUUGAAAUUCCUGUUACUUUUCUAACUUUUCAUGAUUUUGUGUUUUGCAGAUAGUGUAACAUGAUAUCUCUUUUGGCAGAAUGUGAUCAUGAAGUCUUUGUAGAAUUGACACUCACAAUGGUAGGCAUGUUGCGUAUAUGUUCCAUUGAACCCAUAUUUUGAACAAGAAUGUGAGCAAGUCCUUUUUAUGUUCAUUGGACACUCGGAUUUGAGAUAUUUUGUGACAUGCCACCGUUCAUGCUUAAUGCUGCAUUACUUUCACAUCAUUUCUGAUAGACAUUGACACAGUACUACCUUAGGUUCACUUACCAAAAGCUAGUCGGUAAGAGUCUGCUUUACAUCUUAGUACUUAAAACAGCACUUACUAGAAAACAAUAGAAACCUUUGUUUUCACAAAUUGAUAAGCUGUAGUUCGUUUCGGUUAAAUAGAUCAAUCCCUUUGGUUCUUUGAGUCAAAAGUCCAACUCUUUUAUUAGUAGAUAUGAGAUUUUCUAGUGAAUUUUAGUGUUUUUUUUUUCUUGAAAGUUCAGUGCUCAAUAAUUCCUCUGAAUUUGCCCUGUUUAGUGUUUGGACUCCUUAGUGUUUUAGAUUUCCUCUUUAUAUAGUAAAUCCAAAACAAGAAAACAAAAGGUCCAUUUGGUGGAUUUUACUAAUGAUGUUACGUGAUGCUACUGACAUGGUGAUUGCAAUCACGUAUUUACUUUACCUGUUUAAGGGCAUGUUCAUUUGAGUAAGUGCAUGCCCUUAUUUCAGCGUGCACCCAGUCAAAGAAACACCAAUAAUGUUGCUACUGUCAUCAUACGAGUAUUAAGUCUGUCCAUUGUAGAUUUUGAGCCCUUGUUGUCAUUUGUGUUGUCAGAAUGUGCAAAAGUGAAUUGGUAGGCGUUUUGUAAGUGACCUCUGAAAGUUAAGAAAUUAUUGAGUAAAUAGUGAUACAUGAGUUCUUGAAAAUCAUAUGUUCAAAUAAUGUUACCCGGGCUCCUAUCUUGAGCAUAUUCAGUGCACCAAUUCAGAUAUUGAGGUAUAUAUUCUUUGUUAAUCUGCAGGAAUUGACUCCUAAUAACUUGAAGACAGUCAGCAUCAUGGGUAUGUCCUAAAUUUGGAAUACUGUAAACUUCAGAUCUUUUGGUUCCUAAGCAUUCUGUCCUUUAUUUUCAUCGAGUUUGCCACCCACAUUUUAUGAGUGAAGCUAUCAUGUCCAAAUUUGUUGUCUAGCUUGUGAAGAGAAGGGAUGUAAUAAUGCAGGAUCAUGGGAAGCAACUGCCGUUGGUUAGCUUGCCUAAUUCUAGUGUUUUCUAUUCUGAUUGUCUUAUCUUAAUGUUGUGUAUUAGACUCUUAGAUCACUGGCUUAAAUUUAUUAUGUUAUUUGCUGAAUAAUUGCUAGAGUUCCUCAGUCUCAGCUUACGUUUUCUUACUGUUCUUAAACCUCUCUUGUUUUCAAUCUUGACAGGAUAUAUGAAAUCCUUGUAAGCAUAAGAGCCGCCUUCAAGCCUUCUGGAUGUCUUGUCAAGUUAUAUCUCUGCUGUCGUGCAAAGGGCUUUAGUGUUGAGGAUUAACUUGUUUACUGUUGAGCAUUAACUACUUGUAGUUAUAUAAGCUCUAUGCGCCUUUGUGUUCCCCAAAUUCUUUAACAUUACGGGCAUUCUUUGGAUGCUACAGAUGGCUUGAUUCCUUGAUGAAUUUCAAUACUGUAAAUGUUUUGUUCUAGUUGAAGAGUGCAAUGUAAAUUUAAUGGUGAGCAUGGGAUUGAAAUGCGUUUCCCUCACACAUGUAUGUAGAAGGUGGAAAUGAAUUGAUGGAAAAUUAUUUAGCAGACUA